GUGCAUUGUUCAAGUCCAAUCUGGCCGUUGAUUGGCAAUUGCCAGUAGCUUCGCCUCUUGGCCGGUACUUACGCUUUGAAGAGCCAGACGAAACCAGGAAACAUGGAUGUCCAGCAGGUCAACUCAAGAGCAAUCCAUGACGAGAUCGAUCUCGAGUCUGAUCACUCUGAAACUUCGAGCGAUGAAAACGACACAAGAGACGGUGGAGAAAGGAGGAACUCGGAACUGCAGGAUGAAAAGCACCAGCCUCAGCCGCAAAUCAACAAUGACUUGGAGCGGCAACAAACAGCAAGAUCCGCGGCAUCCAAUCAAGAAACAUAUCCCGAGGGCGGACUCCAAGCAUGGCUCGUGGUAGCAGGAUCCUGGUUCGCCAUGAUUGCCUCCAUGGGAUUGAUGAACAGUAUUGCCGUCUUCCAGGCCUAUACACUUAGCCACCAACUCAAGGGCACGAGCGAGAGCACCGUCGGUUGGAUUUUCUCCAUAUACACUUGGCUGGCCUUUUUUGGGGGCGUUUAUAUCGGCCCCGUCUUCGACAAAUACGGGCCAAAGUGGCUGAUUGUUGCUGGAUGCGUCUGUACCGUCGGCGCCCUGGUUGGCAUGAGCUUUUGCACCGAGUUGUACCAGUUUAUUCUGUCGUUUGGCGUCCUCGGCGGCCUGGGCACGUCGCUCACCUUCACUCCGUGCAUCGCAGCAGUUGGCCAUUGGUUCAAAGCGAGGCGUGGCUUCGCCACUGGGCUUGCAUCGACGGCAGGUGGUAUCGGAGGCAUCAUCUUUCCCCUCAUGCUCACUGCUUUGUUCGAGCGCAUCAGCUUUGGGUGGGCCACACGAGUCCUUGCUCUGAUAUGCCUGGUGUGCGGUCUUGUGGGCAUAACUCUUGUCCGAUCUCGUCUUCCACCGGCCAAGAACGCAACGGCUCAUCCCGACUUUCGCAUCUUCCGACAGAUUCCGUUCCUGCUAACCACGAUUGGUGUCUUCCUCGUGGAGUUCUCGCUCUUCAUCCCUCUGACAUACAUCACAACGUAUGCACAGUACAAGGGCUUUGAUAGCACGUUUGCCUACCACCUCUUGCCCAUCAUGAAUGCCGGCUCUGUGAUAGGCCGAGCACUCCCGGGAUAUUAUGCUGACGUCGUUGGGGCUUUCAACGUGUGUAUCUUCUCCGUGGUCUUCUCCUUCAUAUCAUGUCUGUGUGUGUGGCUGCCACUGGGGCACACCAAGCCGGGCAUCAUCAUCUUUUCUUUCUUGUUUGGCUUUGGAAGUGGUAACAGCAUUGCCAUUGCACCCGUAUGUAUUGGGCGGAUGUGCAAGACACAAGAAUACGGUCGUUACUAUGCCACAACAUACACUGUUGUGUCGUUUGCAUGCUUGAUAGGCAUUCCUAUUGCUGGAAGCGUUGUGCAAGCGAAUGACGGCUCUUAUACAGGGCUCAUCAUCCUCACCAGCUGCAUCUACAUUGGUGCAGCAGCCAUACUCGUACUGGCCAAGACAUGGAAGCUUGGCUGGAAGAAUUGGCUCGCUGCGUAUUGAACAAGAAGAAGAAAAAGAAGUGAAAAAAGAAGAAGAAGAAGAAAGCAAAUCGUCUUUUGCUGUGCCGUUAUAUGGUUGAUAUUCUCAUUGCAAGCGCAUAUAUCAGGCACAAUCUCGUUUCCCAUCACCCUCCUUUCCAAAACCUGCUUUAUUCAGCAACAGUUGUCAUGGCUCAGUAUACUGAUAGAUAUCCAAAUGGUUCAGCGCUUGUUUUCAUGUUAAUGAGAGAAAUGACGGAGAGAAAAGGAGCGUUUUGACACAAUAAGCUACCGCUUCACGUUCUUCGCGUAUUGGUUUUGUAAAGAAAAGUAAUCAAUGUCAUCUAGGUCGCAUAUAGAAAUAGGGAGAAGCAGCCAGUCCAUAUGUCGAAUACACAGCUGCCGAAUGCUUUUUAAAAUAGCAGCAGUAGCAGCAGUAGCAGUGGCAGCCUAUGCUACAGCUGGAGUACUGAGCAACAUAAUUGGGGUGCUGGAUAGCUUCUCUGUAGAAAUAGUAUAAGAAAUUCGAAACGAAAUGGAAACAGAACAGAAUAAAAAAAAUAAAAAAAAAAUAAAAAAAUAAAAUACUCAAGAUUUGAUUGUUGCUGUUGCAUUGUUCUCCAAUUUUUCGGUGGUAUCAUGGUGCCUAUGACUCCUUUCUGGGCUCUUGUUAUAUCUAAUUGCCGAGUAGAUUCUUCUCCUUCUCCCUCUCAAACGAUGGCUGUUGUCGGUUCUAUUUCUUUUCGCUGUUUGACUUGACAAUAUGCGCGUCGUGAAGUUGUGCCACAGCCGGGAUAAUCAGAGCCUCAAUCUCUUCUUCCGGGUCUCCUUCUGGCGCCUCAUCAGGCCGCAGUGGCCUUCCCUCGGCAUCGCCCCAGCCGCCGUGCCGAGGUACGCGAAGCCAUUGAUCUUGUCGGCCUGGAGCAACAAAGACGACUUCCCAUUUGCGCGUUGAGAGGAGAUUUCCGACAACGAGAUGAUGCUGGUACCGCUC